AUGUUGUUCAGUAUUAUAUACGCCGGGCUUCUACUGCCCAUUGUUGCAGCCAAGGUGUCAUAUGAUGGCUGGAAAGCCUUCUCCAUCACUGCUCGCCCGUCCGACAAAGACAUCCUUAGCCUUCUCAAAAGCAUCGAUCACGUCUCUUUGAGCUGCGGGCAAAAUCACGACGUUUUUGAGGUCGCCAUUCCUCCUGGAAAGCUCGAUGCCUUUAAGCGUCUUGGCCUGAAAACCGCCGUUGUCAGCGAUAACAUGGGCGCCGAGAUCGCCCAAGAAGGAAGCUUUGGACUCUAUCAAGCUGCCGCCAAACGUCCCGGUGCUAAUGCAAAGCUACCCGAUAAAUCUUACUUCAAGUCCUACCAUAGCUUCGAGCAGCACCUACAGUUUCUGUCCGAUUUACAAGCCUCGUUCCCAAAGAACUCGGAGGUUUUCACAGCCGGUAUGACUGUACAGAACAGAGAGAUCCAAGGUAUUCACCUCUGGGGCAAAGGCGAUAAGGGAAGGAACCCUGCCAUCGUUUGGCAUGCGAACUCUCACGCACGCGAGUGGAUCAGCGGAAUGACCGUUGAGUACAUGGCGUGGAAGCUUGUCCAAGGCUACCAGAAUAAAGAUCGGCUUGUUCGAGAUACACUCAACAACUACGACUUCUACAUCAUUCCGAUUGCGAACCCCGACGGCUUCGUUUAUACGAUAACUGACGACCGGUUGUGGCGAAAGAACCGCCAGAAGCGAGCUGGUCAGAAAUGCAUCGGCACCGAUCUCAACCGAAACUGGCCUCAUGAAUGGGAUAUCCCCGGCGGUUCCUCCACUGAUACUUGCAACGAGACAUAUCGCGGCAUGAAGGCUGGCGAUACUCCCGAAAAUAAAGCUCUCGUCAAGCAUACGAAAUCAGUUGCGCAGAAGAAUGGCAUAAAGUCUUACAUCGACUUUCACUCUUUCAGCCAGUUGAUCCUCCUUCCGUACGGCUACACUUGCGACACCAACAUCACCGAUAUCAAGGAACAGAUGGAACUCGCUGGCGGCGUUGCAGACGCUAUCAAACAGGUCAACGACUUGAAUUUCUACUACGGCCCAACUUGUCAGACCAUCUAUCAGACUUCGGGUGGAAGCAGUGACUGGGUUUAUGAUGUUGCUGGAGCAGAGCUUGCUUGGGGUAUGGAGCUUCGGCCCCAGAGGCUGAGGGGCAAUGGGUUUGUUCUUCCACCGAAGCAGAUUGUUGAGUCUGGUGAGGAGAUCUGGGCUGGAAUGAGGUAUCUCUUUGAGAACUUCUGA